ACAACAAUACGAGCUGUUUUGUGCGGUCUGGAUUUCUGCUUUCGGCAGUUGCACACGGCAUGUUCGGGCAAACGGGCUUGAACAUUGUGGCUAAAACGUUAUGCAUUCGACUUUAGAAGUAGUCUAAGAAAAUAAGAGGGCUUGUCGUUGCUUAUCCUGUUUGGUUGACCGCUUUGAAAGAUUUGAAAGAAGCCUGCAAUGAAUCAUGAAGAGGAGUCGAGGCCACUGCUGGCAGAGAGUCAUGGGCAAAGACCAGAGGCGGACAGGUCAGAGCAGGACGCCUAUUUGGACAAAGUAAAGAAUGGGAAGUUGUACCUGGCCACCUUUGCAGCCGUUCUGGGUCCUCUCAGUUUUGGUUUCGUACUUGGCUACAGUUCCCCUGCCAUACCAGAAUUACAAAGAAGCACUGAUCAAAGACUGAGGCUCAGCGCUGAAGAGGCUUCUUGGUUUGGGUCUGUGGUGACAAUUGGAGCAGGUGUUGGAGGUCUGCUGGGAGGAUGGAUUGUGGAAAAGAUUGGGCGGAAGCUGAGCCUAAUGUUCUGUGCUUUGCCCUUCAUCUUUGGGUUCACCAUCAUCAUUGCUGCUCAGAAUCACUGGAUGCUAUACACAGGCAGAGUGCUUACUGGUCUGGCCAGUGGAGUGACAUCUCUUGUUGUGCCUCUCUACAUCUCAGAAAUGGCUCAUGAACGUGUAAGAGGAACAAUGGGGUCCUGUGUGCAGCUCAUGGUAGUGACAGGAAUCAUGGGAGCCUACAUAGCUGGUCUGUUCCUGGACUGGCGAUGGCUGGCCAUCACCUGCUCUAUUCCCCCAACCCUGAUGCUGGUGUUCAUGUGCUUUAUGCCGGAAACCCCCCGCUACCUUCUGUCACGGGGGAAGAGGAGGGAGGCCGAGGAGGCACUGCGCUUCCUCAGAGGACCCAGUGCUCCAGCAGAGUGGGAGUGUGCCAAGUUAGAGGAGGCAUCUCGGGAUGAGGAAGCAAACUUCAGUUUGGCUGAUCUAAAAGACCCUGGAGUCUAUAAGCCUUUAGGAGUUGGCAUCAUGAUGAUGCUGUUACAGCAGUUCACUGGCAUCAAUGCCAUCAUGUUUUAUGCAGAGAAUAUAUUUGAGCAAGCACAUUUCAAGAAUGGCAAUAUCGCCACAGUCGUUGUCGCUGCCACUCAAGUGGUGUUCACAGCAGUUGCAGCUAUAAUAAUGGAUCGAGCUGGAAGGAAGGUACUCCUCAUCUUAUCAGGUGUCGCCAUGUGUGUGAGUGAAGCAGUGUUAGGCAUUUACUUUAAGCUGUUCACAAUGAAGCAAGGUAACUCCUCACUGGUGAGCACAUUCAUGGGAGCCGAGGGCACAGUCAGCGAAGCGCCACACCCUGAUCUGGCUUGGCUUGCCCUUGCUAGCAUGGGCAUUUUUAUAGCAGGCUUUGCACUUGGUUGGGGCCCUACGCCAUGGCUGGUGAUGUCCGAGAUCUUUCCUACUAGAGUGCGAGGUUUAGGUAGUGCUGUCUGUGUCCUCACCAACUGGACCUGUGCCUUCAUCAUCACCAAGUCCUUCCACAACCUCAUAGAUCUCAUAACCAGUGCGGGAACCUUCUGGAUGUUCUCCAUCUUUUGUGCCCUCAAUGUCAUCUUCACAAUCUUCUUUGUGCCAGAAACUAAAGGAAAAACACUGGAGGAGAUUCAGGCCCAUUUUAAAAGAACCCACUAAGCUAAAGCUAACCUUUCAUCUCACAGCCAAUCCCAAAGUCAAAUGUAAACGGAUGUUAUAUGAGUUAACACUGAUGUCUUAUGAUGUCUGAAGUUAGUAACUGGUCUUUAAACAAAGAUACAGUAAGCUAUUUACAGUGAAGUUCUUUCAAAAUGUUCAUACAUUAAGUAAUAUUUAGAAAUUAAUGGAGCCCAGCAGAUACAUUGGUUGGCCAAUAAUAUCAGCCUAUGUUGACAACUCAUAGUUUUUACAAUGCUGAAACAAAUAUUGCUAGUUAUGCAUUGAUAAAUACUGGCUGUAUUUUCAGUGCGUUCAGCUGGGAUUCAAUCUCUCAGUAGUAACCGGAAACCAUAGACAGUUGUGCCACUGGGUAGCCCAAAGUAAGUGACCCCUUGUUGAUAUAACAGAACUGCAUACUGAACUAGUGAAUUUGAACACAAAACAUUAUCACAAUAAGAAUGAUAAAAACGUGCAAUAUAUACAACCUUGAUCUGUAGCAUGAGAAUAACAUGCAUCUAGGGUUGGCAAACAAUUAAAAUAGGCAAUUAAUAACAAUUCAUUUUCUCGAAUGCUCAGAAUUUUUCAUUUAAAAAGCAGUGAAGUUUGUUACAGAUUUGCAUAAACAAAGCUUCGUCAGAAUAUUAUUGAAGUACAGAAAAUAACAUUUUCAUCAUGUGAACAGAGUAUCCACAUGAAGCUGAACACAAAAACUAUGGUGAACACAAUUUCCAGUUUUCAUUAUCGACAUACACUGAGAGCAACAGUGGCUGCAUGUUUCAACCAAUGAAUUUAAAUACCAUUAUACCCUCAUUGGUUGAAACAUGCAGCCACUGAUAAGUAUAGAUUUGUACAGUGAAUGGUUCCAACUCCUCCAUGAUUAUAGCCCUCUCCUUCUUGUUUAUACAUUUUGUGGAUUCUUGUUACAAUGAACACUGUUGAGGGGUACUUCCACUUUGCUGUUGCUUUUGUUCAUUUGCUGCUUGUUGAUUUAUCCAGUUUUCCUAUAAGUACAGUCCAGCAUAGUCCGCUGUAGGCAUUCUCCAGUGCUACUGAUAUUACAGAUAUUGCUGGCAUUAGCUUUCUGUUUAGCUUGUAGAUAAUGUUUCAGACUCAGCUCACUUCAGUAAAAACAUCCACAGCACUGCAGUAACUGGAAAUAUCGUUGGUUUUAUCAAGAGAGCCAUUCAUUUACCUUGGCAUUUAGAAGCUGUAUUUAAGCAAGAGUGCUUUAGUCAUGGAGUUAUAGCAACAGCAUAUGAGCAGCUGUGUUGCAGUCUUAACUACUAUGGCUGGUUUAAAGGAUCAGACAAGGAGAACACAUUGAAAAAAUUAGUGGCAUUGUUAUGUAGUGCCUUAUUAACAUGAAUUAACAGAAGCAAAAGCCACAAAGUAUUCUGUGUAGCUCCACCUCCAGUGCUACAAUGUUUAUAUUAUUUAGGAAUGGAGGUUGUAUGACGGUUGAGAACUGACAAGCAGUUAAGCACUGUUUAACAAAAAUAUUGGAGAAUAAAAUGAAAAUGUGUAUAUAUAUAUAUAAUAUGGAAUGAUAUCACUAGUUUAAUAUGGGACUAUAUACCAUGAAGUUUACCAUUUGAGUCCUUUUUCAGGGAUGUUUAACAAAUCACAGUUCAAUACAACGUUUAUAACAUUACACUGCCAUUAAUUUUCAGUGUCAUAUGAUGAAUGAAAUGAAGGGGCUUCUUUUACGUUAAGGUGACCUAAUAAGCUAUACUCACAAUAUUCACUCAGCCAAAUGCCAAAAACACCUUAUUGCACACUGAAGACGGAACAAAUCACUCUUGUGGUUAGAAUUUUUAAUAGUUUUUUUUUUCUUCAUUCUUUUUUCUUUUUUUUCCUUUUUUGUAAUUUAUCUUUGCAUUGUGCAUUUGUCUUGAUUCUUGAAUAAACUGUAUUUUUAUCAUGAGUUUU